AUGUUCCACCUGGCCAUCACAGGCAGCGAGACAGUGGACCCGGUGUGGAUCGUCGGCGACACCGAUUCACAGUAUUAUUGCAGCAACGCGAUCCGGCAGCACUGCAUCGACGAGGGCCGCAUCUCGUGGAGAACGUGUUUCCGCGAGGCAGCGAUCCCCGCCAGCUACUUCCACCGGCUCGCCGAGCUUUCCUACGGCCCAGAUACAGCGGCUGCGGGCAUGCCAGGGUCGCUCAGGGCAGCCAUACAGAACUGGCUGCUCCUCGAAAUCCUGGGCAGCAUCGGUGGCCAUACCUUCCUCUAG